UUUUUUUUUUUUUCUCACAAAGCCAUUUAUUAGAUUCCUCUUCUCUCAAUUAGUCUCUCUUCUCUUUUCUAUUGGAUUGUAUAUUACACUGAUAGCUCAAGGAACCCAAUCAACAAAAACACAAAAAAAAAACCAAAAAAGAGAAAACAAAAGGAUAACAAAAAUUAUCUUCUUGAAAUUGUUCUCUUUUCUUGCUUUGAUUUUUUCAAUUUUCAUAAAACUUAUUUGGAGUUUUUAUAAAUUUUUAUUCUUGAAUUUUCUCACAAGAUUAUUUCUGGGUUCAAUUUGCAGAAGAAAAAAAAACAUAACCUUUUUUGUUUUCUGGGUUCUUUAUAGUUUACUAAUACUUCUGGUUUGUAUAUUCCAAUUAUAGUUCAAUAUUAAACACAAAUUUUAUAAACUUAAAUUUCUUUCCAAAAAAAAAAAAAAAUCUCUUCUUGAAAGUCUAUAAAAGUUGCAACUUUGCUCUCAAAAUAACUUUUCAUUUUUGGAAAAAAAAAAACAAAAGAGAGAUUAUGGGAAAGCAAGGACCUUGCUACCACUGUGGAGUUACAAACACACCUCUGUGGCGAAACGGGCCACCAGAAAAGCCGGUAUUGUGCAAUGCUUGUGGAUCGCGUUGGAGAACAAAAGGAACACUUGUGAACUAUACACCUCUUCAUUCUCGUGCUGAUGGUGACGAGAGUGAUGAUCAUCACAGGUUUCAAAGAAUGAAGAGCAUUUCUUUAAGCUACAAGAACAAAGAUACAAAGAUGCUCAAGCGGAAAGCAAUUCAAGUUAACAACAUCAUCAUUAAAAGACCUGCCUUGGAAUUCAAUUAUGGUUUGAAGAAGGCUGUGAUAGAGGAGGAUGCUAGUAAUAGAUCCAGUUCUGGUUCUGCUGUAUCUAACUCUGAGAGCUGUGCACAGUUUAGCAGUGCAGAUGGGAGUGAGUUAACAGGUCCAUCUCAAUCUAAUGCGUGGGACACAACUGUUCCUUGUAAGAGGAGGACGUGUGUGGGCCGUCCAAAGUCCUCUUCUGUUGAAAAGCUGACAAAGGACCUUUACAACAUUCUACAAGAGCAGCAAUCGUCUUGUCUCUCAGUUUCAUCAGAGGAAGAUCUUCUUUUUGAGAAUGAAAUGUCAAUGGUCUCUGUUGAGAUUGGACAUGGGAGUGUUCUGAUGAAGAAUCCCCACUCGUUUGCUCGAGAAGAGGAGUCUGAAGCCAGCUCACUCUCUUCUAUUGAGAACAAGUCUUCCAUCAGUGAAGCAUACUCACAUUCCGUGAAGCAUGUUGAGAUUGGAGCAGAGAGAGGUUCAUACUAUGGUGGAAAAGCAAUAAAGCAAGAACAAUUCAAGAGAACCAAGUCUCAAGCUGAAAGAGUGCAUGUCCUGGGGAGACAUAGUUCACCACUUUGUAGCAUAGACUUGAAGGAUGUUUUCAACUUUGAUGAGUUCAUCAAACAAUUCACAGAGGAAGAACAAAAGAAACUGAUGAAAUUGCUUCCUCAGAUUGACUCUAAUAUCCUUCCUGAUAGCCUGGGAAUGAUGUUCGAAAGUGCUCAGUUCAAGGACAACUUCUCUUUGUUUCAGCAGCUCAUUGCCGAUGGUGUCUUUGAUAUGUCUUCUUCCUCUGGGGCAAAACCUGAAGACAUCAGGACUUUUAAAAAGCUUGCUUUGACUGAUUUUAACAAAUCUCGUUUGGUGGAAAGCUAUUACCUCCUCAAGGAACGAGAAAAAGAGACCGUCAAUUCUGUUACUACAACUUCAAAAAGCUCAAACCCAAAUGUACCUAAGAAUAUUGUAACCAUUAAGAGGCGAUAUGAAGACCAAACCCAAUUAAAGUCAGAGUCAAGGGGGCUAAUGAGGAGCCCCAAAAGGGUUAUAAAGAUGAAAGUAAGCCAUGAAAGCAAAGUUUUGACAGAGAACAAUGUCUCAUGCUUCAACCCAAGAAGCUUGGCUUCUGUGUUUGCACAAGAAGGUGGUGGCUCUGCAGUGUUUGGCUAUGAAGGUAAUUGCAGUUCCGAUCAAGAUCUCCUUCUUCUGGACUUGCCAUCAAACGGUUCUUUUCCUCAAGCCGAGCUGCUUCACCAAAUUUAAGAGGUCAAAGCUUCUUCAGACCUCAUUGUGCUUCUCAGAGCUAAAGAAAUGAUUUUUAAGCUCUCUUGGUUGAUGAGAGAGACUCUUAGGCUUUCUGAGAUAACGACCAAAUGAGGUUUCUGCUAUAGAAACUGGAAUUUGCAAACUUAAAAAGAAAGAUUUUUAUUUUUUAGUCUUGGGCUUCUCUUUGGGGUGGUUAAGUUUAUAAAGGUGGGUCUUAUAUAAUACAUAUAUAUACAUACAUACAUGAAGCCUCUUCUCUUGCAUCUCUUUCAGUGACCCUUUUUACUCUAAAGUUCCUUUUUCUUUUGGUUUCUUUUCUUGUACUUUUAAUUGCUACUGCAUCUCUUUUUUUUUUUGUAUAGGAUGAAAAAGAUACUGUAAUAUCA